AUGGAAGACCGGAGUCCCACCGUCUUCGUCGUCACCUUCAUCCUCGGAAUCGUCGCUACGGUCUUUGUCGCCCUCCGCCUAUUAUCCAAAAUAUGGGUGGUCAAGCGGUUCACGGCGGAUGACGCGUUCGCGGUGGUCGCGUGGCUGUUUGCCACAGGGGUGUCGGUGGUAGUCUGCGCAGGAGCUAGGGAGGGAUUGGGCCAGCCAGACGCGUACAUCCUGGAUGAGUGGAAAGCGCCAAUGAAGAAGGCGGUGUAUGCCUUUACGGUGUUCUACAAUCCCGCCCUAAUGGCGACCAAGACGUCCAUCCUCAUCCUCUACGUCCGUAUGGCGGCGGCCCAUCCGUUCCUUCGGUACGCCAGCAUCGCCACCAUGGUCAUCGUAAAUCUCGCCGGUAUCGUCCUCACCUUCCUCGGUCUCUUUCAGUGCCGUCCUAUCUCGGCGGCAUGGUCGACCGAUAUCGACGGGCAGUGUAUUGACGUCGUGUCAAUGUAUCUCGCCUCGGCCCCUAUCAACAUCCUCACCGAUCUGGCCAUCCUCUGUCUUCCCCUCCCAAUCCUUACUCAACUCCGUAUGGAGAUCAAGCAGAAAUGCGCGCUCGUCUGCACCUUUAUCGUCGGCGGAUUCGUCGCUAUCGUCGAUGUCGUCCGGAUCCUGUACCUACAGAACGCUCUGCGCGAGAGCAGAGAAUGGAACGCUGGCGUCAUCAUCACCGCUGCCACUCGGCCGCCCAACUUCAGCUACCACACGUCAUUCUCCCUCAUGUGGUCGGCGGUGGAGGUAUCGGUGGGGCUGUGCUGCUGCUGCGUUCUGGUGCUCAAGCCGCUGGUGAUGCGGGUGAUGCCGGGGUUCUUGGGGAGGCAGGCGAGAGAGUCGAGACGGGCGCUAUCGAUCUCGAAAGCGGCGGAAAGGGGGUCUGUCUCUCGUGCAGGGGAGAAGGACGUGCCACCAGCCCCGGCGCUGUCAAUCACCUCGAUCCUGCCGGAGGAUGAGGAUGGGAUGGACUUUUUCCAGAUGCUGGGAAGUGGUCCCACAGAUCCUCCUACUCUCCCUCAGCCCGAACCCAUCCGUCCUGCCGUCUCCCGUCAUUUCGACCAACAAGAGGCGACCCAAACAUUUUUCGACUUUGUCAAUAUGAAGGGCAAGACGCCGUUGACGGAGCUCACGGCGCGCGAAGCAUGGUGGCCUAUCCUCUUUGUGUCCACUCUCUUCUUCCUCUGGGGCUUUGCGUACGGUCUCCUCGGCACCCUCAACGCCGAAAUCCAAGCUCUCCUCAACUACUCCUCCUCGGAAGCCUUUGCGCUCCACAAUGCCUACUGGAUCGGCUACUUCCUCGGACCCCUGCUCGUAGGAUACUGGACCCUCACCCGCGCCGGUUUCAAAGCCACCUUUAUGGCCGGUCUCGCCAUCUACUCGUGCGGGGCUCUGUCCUACUGGCCAUCUUCGGUCCUCAAAUCCUACCCUGGCUUCUUCAUCUCCAACGCCAUCGUCGCGCUCGGUCUCUCCGUCCUCGAGAACGCAGCCAAUCCCUUUGUCGCCCUCGCCGGACCGGGCCAGCUCAGCGAGUCCAGGCUGUGCUUCUCCCAAGGCAUACAAGGCGUCGGCUCGGUCAUCUCGUCGGUUGUCGCGAGUCGGGCGCUCUUCUCGGGGCUUAGCGAAGACGACCUCUUCCGCGUCCAAUGGUGUUACCUCGCCGUUGGCCUCUUUGUUGUCGCCCUCGCCGUCCUCUUCUUCUACGUCCCGCUCUCUGAGGCGAGCGACGAUGAGCUCGAGGCGAUGGCGCUGCAGCGGCUGUACAAUGCGGGGAUGGACAAGGGGGAGAAGGUGUACAGGAUGGACGCACGCAAGGUGCUGCUGGUUUCCGGGGUGGUCCUCAUGGCGACCUACGUCGGAGCGCAAGAGUCGGUCUCCUACUUUCUCGGAUCCAUCUCCCGCGGCGCAUAUCCCUCCUUCGACCCGGCCAAUACCGCUCUUGUCGGCGCGGGCAUAUUCGCUCUGGGCCGGUUCAUCGCGUCUGGCCUCACCUACCUCUUUCCCCCACGCCACGUCCUCUUUGGCUACAUCUUUGGCGCAUUCCUCUCCUCCCUCCUUGCGAUGGUCCUACCGGUCGGUCCGGCCGCUCUCGCCUUUCUCAUCCUCCUCCACUUUUGCGAAUCCGCCAUCUUCCCCAUCCUCUUCGCCAUGACCCUCCGCGGUCAAGGCAAACAUACCAAAUUCGCCGCUACCGCCAUCACGAUGGCCAUCUCUGGCGGGGCGACGUGGCCAAGUGUGGUCUAUGCGGUAGAUAUGUCGCAUAUGGACAACCCGCGGUAUUCUGUGCGGGUGACGACGGCGCUGUAUGGGGUGGCGAUGCUCUGGCCGGUAUGGCUGAGCGUGAGCAAGACGAUGCGCCGUAGGAGGGGGAGAAACGGGAGAGGCGACUCUGGUGGAGAUGUCGCCGAGUAUGGAGUCUAA